UAUCCAAUGCACUUCCAUCGCCGCGCACGCAACCGCAGUAACCGGUGGCGGCUUUCAACUGCUACGCAUCGAAGCGACGCCGUUUCACCCCCACAGCCGGUAACUUUCAGCUCCUCCAUCACCGGCUACGCCGGUACCUCGUAGAUUCUAACCCCCUCCAUAUUUAUCUAUAAUAUUCUUUUAUGUCGUAUUAUAAUACUUUCGAUAAAUCUCCAAUCAUUCUUCUCCCUCAACCUCCGUUUCUUCCGCUCGAUCGUUAUCUCCACUCCUUUUUCGAGUUGCUGUAGGCUAUGUUGAGAUUGGAUUUUUGGGGGAAAUAAUCGUGGAAGUACUUGUUGGCUGCGUUACUUCCUGAUUUGGGGAAAUGAGAGUUUCUGUGUGCUAUGUUGAUGAUCUUCUGGAUUCAACUAGCUAGCAUCAAAUCAAAAUCUAUUAGCAUCGCCACCGGAACGUGCUGAGAAAUGAACAAUCUUGUGCUUGAAUAGCUAUGCUAACUUUUCCAGCUCCUUGGAAGAUAUGAAUAAGCUACGUAGGAGAUAGGAACUGUUGGUGGGUUGGCAGUCCUGUAAAUGGCCGAUAAUGAAGAAGCGAAGGAAAUUGGUCCAAGGGGAAAUGAGUGGGAAGUUGUGUCGCUCACUGCGUCAGCAUAUGCUGCUGCUCCUGGACCCGAACCAGUUGACUCAAGCGAAGAUAGCAUAAUGAAGUUAGAUAAGCAUGAGGGUGAAACGUCAAAUGCCAUGUUUAUGUCUGGCCACUUUGUUUUUCCUCCAAACCAGCACGAGAAUUUGCCAAUUGAACCUGAAUUCAGCGACAGUGAAAAGGGUGGAGAAGAUGAUGUUUCUCAGUUGGGUAUAGAUGAUAGAGUUAAAUCAGAUCCGAAGGAUGAAGACAGUGCAACUAUUGAAGGACUCAUGACUGAGGAGUUUCCUGGAAUUCACGUACUUGAUUAUAAAGGUAACACACUAUCUCUCGGUGGAGCGGAUCUGGGAAAAGAUGUGGCCUUUGACAAAGCGCAAAAUGUUUACACCCCUUCGGAGUUUAGUUUGUUUAAUAGUGAAACGACCAUGGGCAUAUCCAAUAAUAGCGGGGACGGUGCAGGAACUGAUGAUUCAAUUGAACCUCUUGAUGGUUAUGUGGAUCCUGACUUGCCAAAUUUCCAGAAGGCCGCGGAGGGGGACAAAUAUGAUGAUGCUGACCUUCCUUGUGAAGCUUGGUGGAAAAGACGGGCCUUAUCUGUGUAUGCUCAUGCGAAAGAAGCAAAUACGGUCUGGUCUAUUUUCCUUGCAGCAGCUGUUAUGGGACUUGUAAUUAUCGGCCACCAGUGGCAGCACGAGAGGUGGCAGAUUUUGCACCGAAGGUUACAGUUUGGUAUUAAUGAUGAGAAGAUGAGCAGGUUGCUUGCUCCCAUAUCCCGCCUUAAAGACGUGGUAAUUGGUAGCCACAGACGGGGUUCACUGAUUAGAGGGAGCGCCUCAUCAGAACGCUAAGAUGAUGACGAAAAGUUUCAUUAGGGGUAAGAGUUCUACCGCAUGUCAUACGCAAGUUCUAUCAAAUUUGACUGUAUAUCUCUCGAGUCUCGACUAAGCCUGUUAAUAUUUUCUUCAUCAUGCUUCCAUCAUGAUGAGUUUUUCUUUGAUAUUUGAAACUGUGGUGUUAAAGUAAGUUGUCAAAUUGCUCAUUUUCCAACCUUCUGCGCUCUGAUUUAUUUAUAUGGCUGUUGUCUCUGCU